UUCCGCAACUGUUGAACUGCUAAGUGGUCUUGGAGUAUAUAAAUAAUAAUCGAUUUAACUCUGAUCAACAGUGUCUCCUGAGAUCAAUAGCUAACUGUCAGUGUUUUUAAUUUUCACUCUAGAUAUGCAGCGGUUUAUAAUAUUUUUGGUAUUGGGGAUGGCAGCGAUGUGCCUUGCCGAGGAAACCACGUACACGGAUCGAUUCGACAACGUGGACGUAGACGAAAUCAUUGCGAACCCUAGACUGCUGACGGCGUACAUCAGGUGCGUGCUCGACCAGGGUCGGUGCACCGCCGAAGGGAAGGAAUUGAAAGAGCACGUAAAAGAUGCCAUGCAAACCGCCUGCAAGAAAUGUACAGACAAACAGAAAGACGGAGCAAGAAAGGUUGUGAAUCACAUACGGGUGAACGAGCCACAAGAUUGGGAAAAACUAGUCUACAAAUACGAUCCCAUUGGUGAAUACAAGCCAAUAUACGAGCCAUUCCUUGCUGGAGAAAAUCUUGAUAAGAACAAAGGGACUGAACCGAGCGAAGACCAGAAGCCUGAUUUAGUGGAACAAGUGCAAGCACCAGCCAACGAUGACAAGAAAGCUGACUUGGUCGAAGCGAGAAAAACCGAAUCUGUUGAGUUCAAGAAAACAGAAGUUGUGGACAAGUCAUCCGGCCUUGGAUUUCAAGAAGAGAGACACUUUUAAUUGAUUCAGUUUUUUUAGCUUUUAAAUUUAUGGUUUGUUUUUAAUUGGUUAUUGUAAU